GAUAGGUGAAAGCUACAGGAAUUUGAGCAGAAACGAAUAUGAUUGACAGUCUCAUCAUCGUUUUGGCCAAGCCCACUUCUGCUGUGUGUGUGUGUGUGUGUGUGUUUAGUUGUCUCCUGUUUUUUUCUUUUGGAUUAACCUGAGCUGGUUUAAAGAUUAAUUUAUCUACACAUGGGCAAACUGCUGGGAGAACCUACAAAGAAGUUGCUCUUCAUCUAGAUCAAGAUGAUCGACUUCAGCCAGAUAUUAACAGCUAUUGGGGAAUUUGGCCCGUUCCAGAAGCGCUUGCUUGGGGUAAUAUGCCUCCCCAACAUCUUCUCAGCUUUCCACAUGUUUGCCCAGGUGUUUACUGGUCUGAAUUUUCCACACAACUGUAAUACAAACUGGAUUCGAAAACAAGCACCGAACCUGACUUAUGAGGACCAGUUAAAUUUGACAGUCCCUAAAGAUCCAUCCGGCAAGUAUGAGAGCUGUCAAAUGUUCAGUCCUGUUGAACUUGAUUUUGAAGCCAUUAAAGCCUACGGACUAAACGCUACAGAGAAAUGUACAGAUGGCUGGAUUUAUCAAGUACCUCAACAGAGUAGCACCUUAAUUACUGAGUUUGACUUGGUGUGUGACAAUAAGAGCCUAAAUGAAACCUCACAAUCUAUCUACAUGGCUGGACUCCUUAUUGGAGCUUUAUUGUUUGGACCAAUGGCUGACAAAUACGGCCGGCGUUUUGUCCUGCUAGUCUCACUGACAUUGCAGCUCUUGUUCGGUGUGGGUGCUGCUUUCUCGCCCAACUUCUACGUCUACAUCGCUCUUCGCUUUGUAGUUGGUGUUACUAUAUCCGGCAUCACCAUCACUACCAACAUCAUCGGUCCUGAAUGGUGUGGGCCAUCACGUCGAGCCCUCUUUACCAUCCUGUCUCACUGUUGCUAUGCCCUGGGGCUGAUGUUACUCUCCGGGCUGGCGUUUGGCAUCCGCAAUUGGAGGAUCCUCCAAUUAGUUACAUCCGCUCCAGUCCUGAUCCUAGGCAUCUACUUCUGGAUCCUGCCCGAGUCGGCUCGAUGGCUUUUGACCCAGGGCAGACAGGAGGAAGCGAAGAAGAUAAUUCUGAACGCAGCCCGAAUUAAUGGCAGAGAAGUUCCCGAAUAUCUGCUUGAAAGGCUGGAGGCAGAGAAUACCAUCCAAACCGGCAACAUGCUGGACCUUUUCCGAGUACCUAGUUUGAGAAAGAGGACGUUGAUCAUGUGCUAUAUCUGGUUUGUGAUCAGCUUGGUCUACUACGGUAUCAGUCUGAAUGUGGGGAACUUCGGCCUGGACAUCUACCUGACGCAGCUCAUCUUUGGCAUUGCGGAGCUCCCUGCUCGACUCAGUUGCUACCCUCUGGUUGAACGUUUUGGCAGAAAGAAAUCCCAAAGUGCAGCGUUGCUCCUCGGAGGAACAGCGUGCCUGGUCAUUCUCGCCAUCCCAGAAGAAUACCCCAUAGCGGUGACUGUCGUAGCAGUGGUGGGCAAAUUCUGCCUUGCUGCCUCCUUUACUAUAGUGUAUGUGUACACUGCUGAGCUGUACCCCACUGUCGUGAGGCAGAACGGGGCAGGAUUGAACGCCAUGUUUGCCCGCGUAGCCGGGAUUUUGGCUCCUCUGAUUCGUCUGUUGGAAGUCUACCAUCAUGCCAUUCCAAUGAUAAUUUGUGGGAGUUUGCCGUUUUUGGCUGGAGGGCUUUGCUUUAUGCUUCCCGAGACCCUAAACACUGAGCUUCUGGAUCACACAGAUGCUCUCAUGGACAAGAGCAUGAAAUUAAAGAAGGAAAGCGUUAAAAACGGGCACAAACUUAAAGACGUGACUAAAUCUUCUACAAAGAGCACAAAAUUAUAAACAAACACCAAAAAGCAUCCAGUAACGACGAUGACAGUGAGGACGCUGACAAACAUGAAGGAAUUUGGUGAACAGUUUGUGGACAAAUAUUGUGUAAAAAAAAAAAAAAAAAAAGAAGACUGUGUUGCAAUAAAACAUCCCCAAAGUCUA